GAGAGCACUGAGUCUACUCAAGUAUCGGAAAUCUCAUUCGAAAAUAUACAUACAUAUUGUCACAAUACUUACUCAUUGAAUAAAUUCCUAAUAAAUAUCAGUUUUUAUUUAAAUAUAAUUUCUGUGUUUUAAAUUUAUUACGGGAAUCCAACACAGCUAGGGAAUAGUAUUCACAAGAUAAUGAAAGAUGCAAUGAACGACUUUGCCCUUAAUUUAUACAAGACGACCCUCAAGGAAAAAUCAGAAAAUUUUGUCGCCUCUCCGUUCGGCGCCUACUUUACCCUCGCCUUGGUAGCAUAUGGCGCCAGGGGGCCAACGAUGCGGGAAUUAUGGGAUAUUAUGCAUCUUCCGUAUAGAACUCCUGAUGAAUUCACAAAGGAUUGCUUGAAAAAGACAAUGAACAUGUUUAAGGACGCUACAGACGUCACAUUGCUAAACCAAAAGAAACUGUUAAUCAACGAAGGUUUCAUUGCAACCCGUCAGUAUGAAGAAAUGCUUAGGGACACAUUCGAAGCAUCAAUCGACACAGUAAAUUUCGCAAGCAGAAUAAAAACCGCAGAGACUAUCAAUAACUGGGCUAAGGAGGUCAGCGAGAACCGUAUCUCCGAAAUGGUCACCUCAGAAACAUUGGACCCUUACAUGGUUCUUAUGCUGGCUAAUGUCUUAUCUUUCUCCGGAGAAUGGUUGCAACCAUUUGAGCGCGGGCCCCAGGAAGACUUCCAUGUGAGUGAGAAUGUUGUUAAAUCAGUACCGAUGAUGACCCGCUAUGGAGAUCUGUUACACGGAGACCUGCCCGCCCUCAAAGCUCACUUCAUACAGCUACCGUACAAGAAUGGAAAUGGAGCAGAGGAAGCGACCUACAUGUACAUCAUUAUGCCAGUCCACGGGAAUGAUUUCGCCUACCUGGAAGAGAAUAUUUCUUCGCUUAAAUUAGAUGAUCUCCAACAGGGAAGCGUUGAUAACAGCGUAGUAUACGUACCGUCAUUCAAAAUGGACACCACCUUGCAAUUGGCUCAUGAUAUUUCGAGGAUGGGUGCUCCAACUGCUUUUUCAGAGGAGGCGGAUUUCACUGAAAUCAGCGCAAGGCGGACGGGAUUAACCAUUUCAAACAUAGUACAGAGAAUCUCACUCGCAGUUGAUAAAAUAAGCCCUAUAGUGCUAUCGCCGACGAGUAACUUUGCUGAGAUGGUGAUCGCACGGCUGCUGACGUCGUACACCUUUUCGGCCAAUCGGCCUUUCCUAAUGGUCAUUGCAACCAAAGAUCUUAUCUUAUUCACUGGCAAAGUAGUGGAUCCAACACAAUGAGGAAUCUUGGAUGGAACUCGGCAGAAUUACACACAUCAAGCUAAUUAUAUUUUUUUUGGAGGCCAUACGAGAGCUGGAGUGAUGGUGAGUGAGCGGUGUUGGGGGUAGGAUUGAAGGAUGAAGGAUUCUCCAAACCGUAUUUCAAUCUCGAAACCCAAGCACCUUUCCUUGUCAAGCUAUCCACACGUGGAGUAUUUUUUCCCUUUCAAAGUAUUUUCAUAGGCUAAUUGUUGGUGUGACUACAUGCCUCUGUUGGUUAGGUCUACUGAUGUGUUCAUGGACAGUUGGCAUGUAUCGGCUAUGUUUAAUGUUUGACGAAAUAUAUUUCAAGUUUUUUCACCUAAAUUAACUUUCAUACUAAUGUUAAGAAGUCUCUA